GACUCAGCGUCUGUGGUCCCUCCCUAAAUAACAGGACUAGUCUGCUGGCAUCUCGUUGGACCCCUUCUUCACCCCGCUGAGCGAUCGAGUGAGCGUAUCCUCUUCUCAGCUCUCAUGGCUCUGCUGUCCGUCCUCACGCCCGUUCUGAUUGUGGUCCUGUGCCUGGUGAUAGGCUCUAUUCUGCUGAGGGCCCGGGAGACCGAGACCACCUCGACCCCUCCGGCGUCGAAAGCGGGUUUCAGACCCGGGGUGGACCAGGACCUAGGGGACGAUACGGACAUUCCAGCAAGAGAGGACGAGGAUGGCGAUUGGGUGGACGGCAAUGAGGAGGAGGAGGUUCCACAUGUGCCAUACUCCCCACCACGUUACCCCAAGGAGACAAUGUUGGAGAGAUCCAAGGAUUUCUACACUCUGAUGGACCAGCGGAGGUCUGUCCGAUUCAUCAGCCCGGAGCCGGUCCCACGGGAAGUCAUUGAUAAUGUCAUCCGCACUGCAGGUACGGCCCCUAGUGGAGCACACACAGAGCCCUGGACGUUUGUCGUGGUGUCAGACACAGAGAUGAAGCACCGGAUCAGACUGAUAGUAGAGGAGGAGGAGGAGAUGAACUACCGUCAGAGGAUGGGGGACAAGUGGGUCCAUGAUUUGGCCAAAUUAAAGACGAACUGGAUUAAGGAGUACUUGGAUGUUGCGCCAUACCUGGUCCUUAUCUUCAAACAGACCUAUGGGAAUCUGCCAAACAGCAAGAAAAAGACACACUACUACAAUGAAAUCAGUGUCUCCAUAUCCUGUGGAAUCCUGUUGGCUGCAUUACAGAAUGUGGGUCUUGUUACCGUCACAACGACUCCCCUCAACUGCGGCCCCCAGCUCAGGUUGCUCCUCAAACGGCCAGCCAAUGAGAAGCUGCUGAUGCUACUUCCUGUCGGUUACCCUGGUUCUGACGCCACCGUGCCUGAUUUGAAACGCAAGCCUCUUGACAAAAUUAUGGUGCACAUAUGACAGAGUCAAAUCUGCAGAGAAAAUAAAAUUCA